AGGUAAUUUCUUACACUAACAACACACUCGCCUAAUAUUUAUUAAAAUUCGUGCCACCAAAAAUCACAUACAAAUGCUAAAAUUUAGAAUAAUUUGAGCUGACCUAAUUUUAAGUAGGUAAUACUUUUUUAUACAUACGAAAUUAAUGAGUUCAUUUUCCAUCUCUCUAGCUAGCCUAGGUGCACAUAUUUAACUGAUGUUCAGGUAAGUCUACUGGUACCCAUUUUUCUUCCUUUUCAUAAAUCUUGGGCUUCAGUUUCUAUCAAAAACAAAGAAACGAUGAUCUCGGAAAAUUUCGAAAAAUCUCUCCGAGAUUGGAAAUUGCCUCCUUCUUCCGCCUCAGAUAUUUUUGAGCCAAGGGUUAGUAGUUUCAGUUGUAUAAUUCCUGAUUGUAGAGUCAAAACUGUGGAGAAAGAAAUUCUUUUAAAGAAAGGAAUCGCAACGUUUCCUCUCUUCUCCAAAUAUCGCCAAAUAGGGCACAAAAUUCUAACUGGUUGGAACUCUGCCUUUGUUCAUGUUGGAAUGAUUCAGGUGGGUUUGAAACCUACUAAACUAGGUUCAAACACCUCUGCAAUAAUAUGUCUUCGCGACAAGAGAAUUACAAAAUAUCUCGACUCUAUAUGUGGAAGGGUUGAAUCAAGUUUAUGCGAUGGUCCCAUUUAUUUCUCCUACUACCCUACCCACUGUGUUGAUCUGUCUGACUCGUGCAAAUCUUUCACCAUUGAUGUUAAAAUCAAAGGAUCUGAGGUGGGUAUAAGCGCAACGCUUAUGUAUAGGUUCCACUAUAGAGUGGUGAAAAUGCCAUAUCUAAUGAAUUUUUAUCCCGUUGAUGAGAGGGGUCAAACCACUUUGCACCUUACUGAUAUUGCUCAAAGCAAUCGCGUGGUGUUGAAAACGAUAACUUGGGAUCCAGCCAGAAAAGGCGAGGGAUCGACGGUUGAAGACGGUGGCGCCGACGUGGACUGGAAGGAGACGGCGGAGGGGCAUGUGGUGAAGGUGGAUGUUCCCGGUUUCAAGAAAGAGGAAGUUAGGGUUGCGGUUGAAGAGGGUGGAAUUGUACAGAUCAGUGGAGAGAGAAGCAAGGAGGAGGAGGAGGGUGACAAGUUGCACUGCGAGGAGAGGGGGAAGGGCAAGUUCCUCCGCCGCUUGAGGCUGCCGGAGAAUGCCAAUUUGGAAGGAUUGGAGGCGAGAUUGGAGAAUGGAUUGCUGACAGUAACUGUGCCUAAGAAGAAGAAGAAGAAGAAGCCGGAAGUGAAGAUCGUGGAUAUCUCCGGUUAAGCAAAUCACUGUCGGAGAAUUGCCUUUUUUUUUUUUUUUUAUAAAUUAACGGUAUUAAAUAAAGAAAUUUAAAGAUCGUGCACAGAUGACUCGAACCAAUAUCUUUGAUAUUAAUUCGUUGUCAUGUUUUAAUUAGAGUAUUUGUUUGUAGUGUUCAUGUGCAGUUAGUUUAAGUUGUGCUGGUGCAUGUGUUAAUGUGUUAAUUAACUUCUCUUCCCCUUUGUACAAAAUCAUGAAUUAAUUUAUUGUUUUUGUGUGUUUGUGUUA